GGUAGCUCAGGUACAGCAGGAGGGAGCGGAGAAGAGCCGAGCCUUUACCGAGAACCUCCACCGUCAGCUGGGCCUGAAUCCCGCACACGUACCGCAGGGGUCAUGUGAAGGUCCGGUUUAAGGGGUCUGGGUGAAGAUUAGUGACGUAACGGGUGAUCAACGUUAAUUUUCUCUAAAGUAAAGCAGUUCAGCUUCACUUCCGUGAUCGGAGCGCCGAGACGGCGGACUCGCAACAAAACAGCGAGGAUUUCUGACCCGAGCCUAUGAGGUCCUGACCGCGGAGUGCCAUGCCUGGCCACAGCACCGCGCCGAACCACAAGUCCCGCUCCCACGCGCACGGUUCGGGGCGCUGCAGGGCCGAGGGCUACCGACAAGGUCGCACCAACUCCCGGGACAGCGCCACCAGCCAGGACUCCUACCGGGAUCACCACGGCACUGGCCAAGAACUGUACUGGGAUCACCACGGCACUGGCCAGGAACCGUACCGGGAUCGUCAUGCUGCUGGCCAAGACCUGUCCCGGGAUCACUACAACGACCGGCCACGGAUCAUCGACACACAGCCCUCCUACAAGCCUCCGCCGCGCUACGCUAAUGGCCGCAGCUCCGAGACGCUGGGCUUCAUCCCGGGUUCGGCAGCGGCGCCGGUGGGAAGCGGCCGGGCCUGCGGUUCCUGCUCCUCCCUGGGCUGGAGUGGCUGCAGGGCAUUGCUGUGCUGUGUGCUCACUUGUGGCCUUUAUGGCAACCGCCAGCCAUGCUUACCUCCUAACGAGAGUUCCACCGAUGCCCCGCCGAAGUCUGAGCCGGAGCCCCGGAGAGCCCCCAUUCUGGCCAUGACCAAUCCCACCUGCGGCAUAACGCUGGAACCCAGCAAGCCCGCCCAGCUGCCCAGUUCUGAGAGCUUCCGCUACCGUGAUGUCUACCUGGCUGGAAAGAAGGUGGUUUACCCCACCAACUCGGAGGCUCCGGCACGCCGCAGCAGGGCCGCGGGUAAAGGAGAGAGCCAGCGUCCAGUGAGCAACACCAGCAUCUACUCCAGAGAGGACCUGGAUGUGGAUGAUGUGGACGACGGCGGCACAGACAUCGACUCGCUCAUCACCAAGAAGCUGCUGGAGCUUUACAAGCUUCACCAGAUCGAGCAGCUGGCCAAGUGCACGUCGGACCAGUCCUUCUCGCGCAAGACCAACGAGAUCAGCGACCUGAUCAACAGCAUCGCGCAGGACUACAACCUGGAGGAGCAGGAGGCCGAGUGCCGGCUGGUGCACGGCGUCAUACGCAUCAGCACACGCAAGUACAAGUCUCAGAGCUCCAAAGGCUACAGCAACAAGGACUACAGAUCCCAGGAUGCACUGCUCCAGGCCAAUGGGAGGAGGGACGGGACGCUGCCCGACAGCGGGAACGAGACGAUGACCUUCACCUUCAGCAAUGGGGAGCCGGAGGUGCAGGUGUCCGAUUUGACGCCGUCAGAUGAACUGGCCCGGAAGAUGAGAGUGCACAGUGGACGCAGCGCUUAUUACUCCAGCACAGCCAUAGGAACAGACUCUUCAGGGGCACCCCUGCUGUGCUGACCACCCAGCCGGACUACAGACCACUCAGAUGGAUUAGAGACUCUACAACUAAACUGAAGACCACUCAGAUGGAUUAGAGACUGUACAACUGAACUAAAGACCACUCAGAUGGAUUAGAGACUCUAGAACUGAACUACAGACCACUCAGAUGGAUAAGAGACUGUACAACUGAACUAAAGACCACUCAGAUGGAUUAGAGACUGUACAACUGAACUAAAGACCACUCAGAUGGAUUAGAGACUGUACAACUGAACUACAGACCACUCAGAUGGAUAAGAGACUCUACAGCUGAACUAAAGACCACUCAGAUGGAUAAGAGACUCUACAACUGAACUACAGAUGACUCAGAUGGAUAAGAGACUCUACAGCUGAGCUAAAGACCACUCAGAUGCAUUAGACACUCUACAACUGAACUAAAGACCACUCAGAUGCAUUAGACACUCUACAACUGAACUACAGACCACUCAGAUGGAUAAGAGACUCUACAGCUGAACUAAAGACCACUCAGAUGAAAUAGAUACUGUACACAUGAGAUAAAGACCGCUCAGAUAGAGACUGUGUAACUGAAAUAAAGACCACUCAGGUGAAUGUGACUGGGGGCCCCUUAGCUGGAUUGGAUACCAAACGACCUUGGCUAGAAACUGACCAUCUGGACUAGAGACUACUCAGCUGGUGUAGAGUCUGAAUUAGAGACCACACAGUGGGACUUCGAAACCACAUGAAAACUGCUCGACUGGUCUAGAGACCACUCAGCUCAACUAGAGACUACAUGGCAUGAUUAGAGAACACUCCACUGGGACAGAGGCAGCAUGGCAUGGUUGGAGACCUCUCCACUUUAGUAGCAACUGCUUGGCAGGGUUAAAAACUGCACAGCUGGUUUAAAGGCCACUCAACUGGGAUAAGGACCACACACCUGGAUUAAAGACUACUUGGCUGGUUGAGAAAGUGUAUGGUUGCAGUAGAAACCACUCAGCUGGGCUAGAGACCACUCAGUGGGACUAGAACCCCCCUGACUAGACCACACAGCAGAGUAGAUCCCACUCAACAAGAUCAAAGACUACACAGCUGGGCUAGAGACCACACGGCCGGGUUAAAGACUGCACUACAGCACUAGAGACACCACAGCUGGAUUAGAGACCAGUCAUCUGGGCUAGAGACCGCUCACAUGGACUACAGACUACUCGGUGAGAUUAGAAACCACCUGGCUGGAGCACAGACCACACAGCAAGAUUAAAGACUGCACAGCUGGGCUAGAGACCACACGGCCAGGUUAUAAAGACGGUACAACAGUACUAGAGACACAACAGUUGGAUUAGAGUCUGCCCAGUCGAGUUGAAGAUUGUAUAACAGGACCACUCCACUGGACCAGAGAUCGCUCCGUUGGAUUGUAGACUGCUUGGCGGGCCUGAAGAUGACUUAUGGGCUACAGACCAUUUGGCUUGGCUUUAAACCACUCAACUGAACUAGAGACUACUCAGAUGGACAGGAGACCGCUCAGCUGGGCUAGGGUCCUUUCAGCUGGGCUGGAGACCACUCAGAUGGAAACUACACACGGCACCAGCAGUAGCCAUAGAGCCUCCUGUCUCUUCAUUGCUCCAAGCAGCUGUCCAGCCUGUCCAGCAGUGUUGUAUCGGAGUGAGGACGUUGGCUGAGUGCAGGCUGAUGGGAUUAGACUGAUGUUCUGUGUCUGUGACCAUCCUGAGAAGAACCCAGCUCGGUCUGAAGCUGAUAAGCUGGGCGUGAGGAGCUCCUGGUGUCUCCUCCGUCCACCGUGUUUACGACUUCAUCACUGUUUUUAAAAUUACUUUUAUUUUUCCCUCCGUUGUACACGAGCAGCUGACCACCCCGCUGAGGCUGCGUCUGAUAGAUGAGGCUGGACUGACACGUCUGGCUUCGGUUCCUCGCGCUGCUCCUGUCCGUAACCGUCCUCCUGUUACACCAUCCUGAGAUCCUGAGAUCAUUUUCAAAUUCUGUUAUGUUACAAACUGAACUACGUUGUUUUGGCCCACGUUUCUGUUUGUUUUUCACUUUUAUAGCACGUUAUGAUGUUUAUUGUUCUGUUUUGUGUGUUUUUUUAUAAAUAAAACGAUGUUCUGUA